CACAAACUAAAAGGAAAGGACUGAAGGGGAAACAUUUAAGUUCCCAUAAGAGAGUUAUUUUCUUCUAUCAGAGUCACUCUGUCCAGAGCCACAUAAGCAAAGCAAUGGGAGGAGGUAAUUCUACGCCAUCGCCGCCGCCGUCGCCGAGGCCGGUGACACCCCCUGCACCACUCUUAGAGCAGCCAUGGAGGGAGGUGUCAGAGAAGUACAGGGAAAAUCUUGACUUUGUGAAAGAUUACCAGCCUGAAAACGAACAGGUCAAACAUCUCAGGAUUCUGCUUCAUGGACCAGUUGGUGCUGGGAAGUCGAGCUUCAUCAACUCUGUCGACACUGUUUUAAGAGGCAGAUCUGCUGGUCGAGCUCCGACAGAUGCAGUCUCUGGGAGCAGCUACACCAAACAGUACAAGACCUUCGACUUUCGCAAAAGUCCAGGGGUCAAAUACGCUUUUGUUUUCAAUGACAUCAUGGGCCUUGAGCAAGAUUCUGACAGUGGAAUCAAUGUGAAUGACCUCAAACUGGCCCUGAGAGGACACGUGAAAGACGGUUACAAGUUCAACCCUGACCAAGUACUGAUGAGGGGUGAUGAUGGCUACAACUCUGAUCCCACUUUGGAAGACAAAGUUCACGUUCUGGUGGGUGUUGUUCCUGCUGACGCAGUGUCUAGGUUAAGUGAUGAGAUGGUGAAGAAGAUUAGAAAGGUCAGAGAGGCAGCCAGUGAACUGGGAAUUCCCCAACUGGCUAUUAUCACCAAAGUUGAUGACGCCUGUCCCGAGAUUAAAAAGGACACAAGCAAUAUCUACAAGAGCAAGUACCUGAAGGAAAAGGUUGAACAAUUUCACCAGCUGCUGGGCCUUCCAAAGAACUGCAUAUUCCUUGUGAAGAACUACAAUGAGGAAACUGAGUCAAAUGACAAAAUUAACCCUGCGAUAGUGUGCGCACUGAAACAGAUGCUUUUGUAUGGAGAAGACUACCUCAACGACCAGUAAACAUGAAUUCCCCUGAGGCAAAAACACAGUAGGCGAUUUGUAGGGGAAUGAGGAAAUAUUAAGCCAAUUUUUAUUGUCUUUGGCAAGCUUGAAGCAUGAAAUAUGGAAUAAAAAUGCAUAAAAAUUACAAUAAUAAUAAUAAUAAAAUAUAUAAUUUCUCUCAUUGAGACUUUGCAUGAUAGCAGGACAAUGCUCUGUCAUUACGUCAUUAGCUUGAUGUGACAUCAUCGCUUGAUCUGGUCAACAACUCAGCUGUUGUGAUGGUGCCUUCACAUGCUUCAGGAAAUGAGUCAUUCAAAAGCUCUCGUGUUUAUUGUUGACUCCCAGUAUUUAAUACUCACCUGCUCUAACAAAUUAAUUCUGCAUUCCUUGCUUGGUCUGUGCUUCAUUUUGUUUAUCUUAAAAAAACACAUUAAAUUGAUUUUGCUUAAGAGGCAAACAGACUAAUAUUAUAUAUUAUGUAUAAUUUAAUCAUUUCUAUUCUGCGCUUUACCUCUCUGGGGACACUUUGUAUUUUUUUCAGUUUGACCAAUAUUGUGAUGUACUGUUAUUUGAUGAUCUUGCAAUACAUGUUGAUUAAUACUAUUGUUAUUUUUGGCUUUGUAUCAUGUAUCAUUGAGUUCCUGUUGGUGGGAAGUAAUGAAGUACAAAUAUAAAGAAUUAAAUCUUUGCUGAAAGACGAGGCUUUACAGACAUCCCUUUCUCUACUUAGUUUUCAAUCAGUGUGGCAUCAUGCUCUAAUAAUGUUUCUGUACUGUCCUCAAUAAAUGUCUUCUUCCGGGAC